CUGAAAGUUUCCUUUUGAGGUUAGAAUGUAAUUAGGACGUAUUGAAAUUUUUUAUUUGGCAGUCUUAUUUGGCGGUUCAAUUUUUUGUUUUCAAAUGUCUAGACACAGGGUUUCCAAUUUAUUAUCUCAGUUAACAGACCGACAUAAUGAGGAAAACGAAGAAGACAGUCGAUUUGAAAACAUAGAUAAACACAUAAACGAGCUCGUCUUCUAUAUUUUAGCAAGAGCUUCCAAACAAACUAUAUUCAAAGUACAAGACAUGAGAUCAGCACUUGGAAACAUUCCCAAGGGACAGACUUAUUUCCAAAUGGUUAUCGAUAAAGUUAAGCUUAUACUACAAAAAGUUUAUGGGUAUAAUUUAAUUACAGCACCCACUGGGACACAAACACAGUCAAAAUAUUACAUUGUUAGCAAUCGUUUGAAAUAUGUGGAUGAAAGACCUGAUGAAUCAGAAGAUACCGCUAGUGAUUGCAAAGAUAUAUUGUUACUCCUUAUUCUUAGUCACAUAUUCAUGCUGAAAGAUGAAUGUAGUGAAGAUUCCCUAAAUACAUUUCUUGAGUCACUGAAUAUCCAUGUUGAAAGGAGGCAUGCAGUUUUUGGUAAUGUGAAAGAUCGCAUUAAUAUAUUGAGGAGUCAAAAGUAUAUUGCUCUUGGAGAAGAUCAUGAUACAAAAGAAAAAAUUUAUUCUUGGGGACCAGCUGCUGAGGCUACCAUUUCAAAAAUGGAUGUAUUAAAAUUUGUGAGCAAAAUGUAUAAUAGAGAACCUUCCAGUUGGCCUGAACACUACAGAACAGCUGGUUUACAACAUAUUUUAAAUGUAAGAGAAUCCACAAAUCCUGAUGAACUAGACUAAUAAAUAUUGUUAUAUUAAAAAAUAUAUUUUUUUGAUGGAAUGUAUUCCUAAAACCCAAAUAGUCUUUAAAUAAUAUCUUUUCUGUUGAAGUAAAACAAACAGAUUGACAAAAG